ACAGAAUAUGGUUGGAAAAAUCUCACCGAGCCAAUACAUAAUUUUAGACACAGACUGUGCUAUGUUAAUAACGUUAAGCAUCCUUUAAGAAACACUUCAGUUACUGUAGAAAUAAUAAAACCGUCCGGCAAAUUAAAACCACGCAGAGGCUGUUAAGAAGCCAAACAGAAAGCCUUUCCUCCGGACUCUGAUCUCUUUAACACUUGAAUGGACCGAGCAAAGCCGACUGAAGACGACCCGAAGAUCCUUCAUCGUCCUGGUUUCGAAAUCACCUAUGUACACAAAUCCUCACAGGAAACAGUACUUCGCCGGCCAAAUAGGGGAAAAUAGGACCAGCAGAUCGAGCACUUAUAUAACAGAAAUCGAUUAUUCCCAGUUUAGUGAACUGCACCAAUACAGUGCCCGUGAUAUGAAUGGUUCUAGUUCGGUGCCGGAUGCUCCAUUCACUCGGGAUCCAGUGUUGUGUGGAAGGCUCUAAAAAUAGACAUUCGACAUCCACCCCCAUUCAGGAUCACACACUGGGUUCGAGUAGGUCCACAAAUUAGAGUACGCCUAUACAGCAUUCCCAACAGUCCUAUACUGCUCCCUAAUGCACACAUGUUUGGAGGGCGAUGCGGUGAAAUAAAACUAUUACUGCUGAAUGUCGAAGCGAGGGCUGGCCUUAAAACAAAAAAAAAAGCCCUGAGUGAUCAAUAGUUGGCCAGCUGCUGCGAAUUGCUGCAGUGUUCCCAGAGUAUUACCCAAAAAGGAUUGGUGUGGAUUGACAUGUAAAAAAGGGGGCAAGCCAGAUGUCAGAUGAGCCUAACAGAAAGAAUCCAGGGCUGGGGGAUCUGCAAGAGCUGGAGGAGGAUGCUGCGGCAAGUCGUGUACUCAGGGCUGAAGGGAUGUUUUUACUGGUUGGGAUUAUUCGUGAGCAGACAUCCCGUCUUUUUCCUGACAGUGCCCUCCAUCCUGUCCAUUCUGUUCGGGGCGACCUUCCUCAAUAAAUUUCAGCGUGAAACUGACCUGGAGUUGCUGGUGGCGCCCAAACACAGCCUGGCCAAGAUCGAGAGGACCCUGGUGAACAGCCUUUUCUCCAUCAACCAGUCCAAGAAUAACCUGUACUCGGCUCUGCAUACCCCGGGCAAAUACGGAAGGGUGGUCCUCACCUCUCUCUCGGGCGCUGAUAUCCUGGAGAGAGCAGAUCAGAUCUUGCAGAUGCAUAAAGCCGUGCUGGAUAUGCGAGUCAACGGCUCGGGUUUCAGUUAUUCUUUCUCUCAUAUUUGUAUGUUGCGGAACAGAGACAAGAGGUGCGUGCUUGACGAUAUCAUCGAAGUGUUGGAGGAUCUAAGUCAAGCCGCGCUGACUAAUAAUACAGGACCGAGGAAGUCACUGCGCUACCCAAACACUGAAUUAAAGGACGGCAGGGUGACGUUUAUUGGGCAUCAGCUUGGAGGUGUGAUCUUCAUCCCUAACAGCAGAGAACACCAGGUUAAAUCAGCCAGUGCGGUGCAGAUUACCUACUACCUUCAAAGCUAUGGGUCUGCUUUACAAGACAUUGCAGAGAAAUGGGAAACUGAAUUCUGUCAGCUCGUGCUAAAAUUUCAACAGGAGCACAAUGAUCUGAAGCUGUAUCCUCUGACGUCUUCUGGUCUAUGGAAGGACUUCUAUAAGACCAAUACUGUGGCCAGAACGGAGGUGGUGGUGAGCCUGGUGUUGGUUCUAAUUGCAGCCACUCUCACCAGCUCAAUGAAGGACUGCCUUCGCAGCAAACCUUUCCUAGGACUACUAGGAAUUAUCACAAUCUGCCUUUCCACUGUGACUGCAGCAGGGAUAUUCAUCAGCACAGAUGGCAAAUACAACUCCACUCUGCUGGGAAUCCCUUUCUUUGCCAUGGGCCACGGAACUAAAGGAGUAUUCGAGCUUCUCGCUGGAUGGCGGAGAACAAAAGAAGGUUUACCAUUCAAGGAAAGAAUAGCUGCUGCCUACUCAGAUGUGAUGGUGUCCUACACGAUGACAAGCUCACUCUACAUCAUCACAUUUGGGAUGGGCGCAAGCCCAUUCACAAACAUUGAAUCUGUUAAAAUCUUCUGUCAGAACAUGUGCGUCACUGUUCUCGUGAACUAUUUCUAUGUCUUCUCCUUUUAUGGCUCUUGCUUGGUAUUUGCUGGACAACUGGAACAGAACCGCUACCACAGUAUAUUUUGCUGCCGAAUUCCUUCACCAGAGUACCUGGCCUCCAGGCCUGUGUGGUUUAAAGCGAUGAUGAAUGAUGGAUUCCAGCAGCCCAGCUCUCAUGAAUGUGAUCCAUACCAGAAACAUUUCAUUCAGCGUUUCUUGAGGGAGCAUUAUACUGAAUGGAUCAUUAAUACCUAUGUCAAGCCUUUUGUUGUGUUACUGUACCUGAUUUAUGUGUCGUUUUCCUUUAUGGGAUGUUUACAAAUCAGUAAUGGAUCAAAUCUUCUUAAUGUGCUUGCAAGUGACUCACAAAGUGUUUCUUUUACAAUAAUCCAGCAAAAAUACUUCAGCAACUACAGUCCAGUCAUAGGAUUUUAUAUCUAUGAGCCAAUAGAAUACUGGAACAUAACAAUACAGGAGGAUCUGCGAGUUAUCAGCAGGGGGUUCAUCAGAAUAUCAUGGAUUGAGCAUUACUUACAAUACUUAAAAAAACUCAAUGUUACAGUACUAACCAAAAGCGAUUUCAUCAAUAUUCUAGCCAAUUCAUUUCUGAAGCAACCAGAAUUUCAAAACUACAUGGAUGAUAUCAUUUUCUCAAAGACAUCAGAGGAAGUAGAUAUCAUUGCUUCCCGGAUGUACAUGGUGGCUAGAACUGCAGAGAAUAUUCAUGAUGAAAUGAUUGAUUUGCUGGAAACAUUGAGGAAACACUCCCUCAUUUCUCGAAUAAAAUACAUAGUGUUCAACCCGACAUUUGUUUUCAUGGAUCGAUAUAGUUCUUCCAUCACUUCGCCGGUCCUGAACUCCAGUGUUAGUGUCCUGGUCAUCCUGCUGCUGACUAUUUUCCUGGUUAUCAAUGCACUGGGUAACGUUUGGGUGAUACUUAGUGUUACCUCAAUGGAGUUUGGUGUGGUUGGACUGAUGACACUAUGGAAGGUAGAUAUGGACAGCGUUUCAAUCUUGUGCCUUAUCUACUCUUUGAACUAUGCCAUAGAUCACUGUGCACCUCUGCUCUUUACAUUUGUUUUAGAAAAAGAACGCACCAGGACUGAAUGUAUCAAAAACUCUUUGGAAUGGAAUGGAGCAGCCAUCUUGCAGAGUAAUAUUUGUUUUCUUUUAGGGUUAUUGCCCCUGUUUUUUGUGCCUUCAAAUUUGACCUUCACACUGUUCAAAUGCUUACUCCUCACAGUCACCUGCACACUGCUACAUUGCUUUGUAAUAUUACCUGUCUUUUUAACAUUUUUUCCUCCAUCUAAGAAAAGACACAAGAAAAGGAAACGUGCAGAAAGGAAAGAGGAGAUUGAAUCUGUGGAGGUACGAGAUAACUCAGGAAUGGUUGAUCAUGUCACCUCAGUCUGA